AUGGAAGAAGCUCGAGAAAAGGUCAAGUUGAUUCGACAAAGGAUUCUAACCACCCAAAGUCUCCAGAAGAGUUAUGCUGACAAUAGAAGGAAAGACUUGGAAUUCGAAAUUGGAGAUCAAAUAUUCCUUAAGAUUACACCUCUAAAGGCGAGUUUGAUGGCGAGAAAAGGGAAAAAAUUACAACCGAAAUUUGUGGGACUGUACACCAUUCUGCAACGAGUUGAAAAUGUAUCUUAUAAGUUGGAUUUACCAGCGAGCUUAUCCCGUAUUCACAAUGUGUUCCAUGUGUCGUUUCUUAAGAAGUAUCACCCUGACCCGUCCCACAUACUUCAACCGGAGAAUCUAGAAAUUGAUGAGCCUCUGACUUACGAGGAGAAACCCGUGAAGCUUUUGGACUGGAAAGUGAAGGAAUUAAGAAACAAGCAAAUUCCGAUAGUGAAGAUCUUGUGGAGAAAUCAUGGAGUCGAAGAAGUUACGUGGAAAAUUGAGGAGGAAGUUCAGAGGAAAUACCCCGAGUUAUUCUCUAGUUCAGCUAUUCUCAGUGUUGUCAUUCAGAAUGAUACCAAUUGUGUUGCAAUUUGGGAUGAUUUUAUCGAUACAGAUGGAUUAUAUCUUGCUCAAAUUGCACUGAACAUCCCAUUAUAUUUGCAGGCCUAA